UCUAAGACACUAUCCUUCUGCUAAUAUUUUUCCCCUUUAAGUGCUUGUUUUUCUUCUCGAGCUGUGGCUCAGAAGUAAAAGCAACCACAAUGAGGACCACUACGCAUAGCAAAAAUACAUGAUGCAAAGAUAAUAUGACUGGAUGAUGCUAGAAAACUUCAGACCACAAAUCUGGAUCUAAACUUCAUCAAAUCCCCAGUUUCUUUGAAAGCAAAUAGCACCAUUUCCCCCACUUUGCUUUUCACAAUUACUUUGGAAGACAUUAAUGAAAAUAUUUGACUAUUUAUCACUGGAAGAACACUGGGUAAGCAAAACUUCAGAGAUAAAAAGACGAAUACAGAAGAUAAUUUAAGUGGGAGAGAAUGAGAGAAAAUGGGAUAGGAACUUCAAAUGAAUCACUGGUGACCAAAUUCAUCCUGAUCGGAUUAUCAGAUUAUCCCAGAGCUCAGAUUAUUCUCUUUUGGUUCCUCUUGAUGGUGUAUCUCAUUAGCUUUCUUGGCAAUGGACUCAUCAUCAUAUUAAUCAUUGCUGACCCCCGACUUCAUACCCCCAUGUAUUUCUUCAUUUGUGUCCUUUCCACAGUAGACUUUAUUCUUACCAACAAUGCAAUUCCUGAGAUUUUAGUGAACUGCUUCAUUUACAGACCCACAAUUUCUUUCUCUAGAUGUUUGGUCCAGAUGUACAUGGGUCUAUUUCUGGUUGUAGCAGAGUGCAUCAUUUUGGCAGUCAUGGCAUAUGAUCGCUUGGCAGCUAUAUGCCAGCCAUUAUACUACACACAAAUCAUGAGUUGGAAAUUAUGCUUUUUUCUAGUAGCCAUGUCAGUGGGCCUUUCCUUCAUGACGACACUGGUCAACGUGCUCUUGCAGCCCAUUGACUUCUGUGGCCAUCACACCAUCAACCAUUUUGCAUGUGAGCUGCAAUCUUUACUCAAACUGGCUUGUUCCAACACAGUCAGUGAACUCUUUAUGCAUAUCUCCAGCUUCUUUCUGUUAUUCCCUCCCUUUGGCUUCAUAGUUGUGACAUACGUCCGCAUAGGCCUGGCUAUACGACGUAUCAGCUCUACUGAGGGACGCAGAAAAGCCUUCUCCACCUGUAGCUCUCACCUUGCUGUGGUCAGUGUCUUUUAUGGAACAAUCAUGAUCGUGUACUUGAGACCCAAAGAGAAAUCCGUUUCUGAAAAGGACAAGGUCAUAGCCUUAGCAUACGGGGCUCUGACUCCCAUGCUCAAUCCUCUGAUCUACAGCCUGAGAAACAAGGAUGUCAAGGGGGCAUUUUGGAAGCUGAUUCAAAGAAAAAUCUUAAUGUAAUGCUCACCAUGUCCUAUGUAAGUUUUUAUUGCUGCCAAUCUCUACUGACCUGAAAAUAUUUACAGACCCCUUGCAUCCUGGACAUAAACUGUUUCAACUCCUACCCUCAAAAUGACGCUAUAGAGCACUGUACACCAGAACAACUAGACACAAGAACAGUUUUUUCCUGAACGCCAUCACUCUGCUAAACAAAUAACUCCCUCAACACUGUCAAACUAAUUACUAAGUCUGCAUUACUAUUAAUCUUUUCAGCAUUCGUAUCAUCCAUCCCCUCCUACUUAUAACUGUAUGAUUGUAACCUUGUUGCUGGUAUCCUUAAGAUUUAUAUUAAGAAUCAUUAAGUGUUGAACCUUAUUUUUCUUGACAAAUGUAUCUUUUCUUUUAUGUACUCCGAGAGCGUAUGCACCAAGACAAAUUCCUUGGGCGUCCAAUCACACUUGGCCAAUAAAGAAUUCUAUUCUAUUCUAUUCUUUUAAAAAGGAAUUUAAUAACCAGCCAUCCUGCUCCUAGUAAACCCAAGAGGGCAUAAGCAAUAUUGAAUUUUAAGGAGGAAUGUGUUAGGACUCCAAGAACUAGAAUUCAUAGUGCUUUUGAAGAAUGUCAGGUUGGGGAAUAUAUUCACAAAUAAACUGAGAAUUUUAGGUGCCAAAAUACACCCCUGAAUAAACUACUGUUUCAGCUUAUUGUAUAUAUAGUAAUACUUCAAAAAAUAUUUGUUAUCCCAUAUGAGCUCACAGGUAAGCCAUCCAUUAAUAAGCUGAUCCUUGAUUUUCUAACCAAAAUAACUGUGCUGGGAUUCGACUGGAAGCAUCGCAGCGAUACAGUCACCUAAUAGCUCACCUCUGAUGAGCCUUGUGAAAAUCCGGUCUGACA